AUGGUAUUUGGCAUCGGUGACCGCAUUGAGGCCUACUACCACGGGGAGGGGAACCUCGUCAAUCCCGUAAUCCCGGGCUUUCCCUUCGCCCUCGCGCGCAAAUCGCACAUCGAUUCGGCCCAGUACAUGUUCGUGUCUACCUGGGGCUCAGACCUCUUCGACGUUUGCUACAUCACCACUCUCAACUCCACGGCGCGGGCUGAGGUUUCUCAGGACGGAAAGCCGUUGUUGUGGGUCGUGCCGGAUGUGGAGAUGACGCCGUCGCAAGUACCGGGCAGUACUCUCGACGCGUUGAUCAAUAUCGAUUAUAAGCGCCCCCCGCUGCGCUUGACGGGCGGCAUGCGCUUGGAUCCGCGUGCGGCGGAAGGGAGAGCACUGCAGGCGGAGGUAUUGCUCGAUGAGGACGCGUUGCUCCGAGUAUGUUGUUACUGCGGCAGAGUGGAGCGGGCAAACCAUGCCGACCAUUUUGAGAGGUGCGGUGGGAGCGGCUAUAAUUCCCUAUACUGGUGCCCCGAGUGCUCGAGAAGAACAUUCAUGGGCCGUGCGCUGUUGUUGCUCGCUCGCAAGCUGUCAUCGCGAAAUCGCAGAUGA